UGUCGAAUAUCCACAUAGCUUAGCUCACCGGACGCAACUCUUGAUUGAUGUGUCUCGGGUUGCAAGUUCAAAUUUAAUUGAUGAGAUUCGAAGAUGUUUUUCUUUUACAUAAAACACCUCAUUUUCAUAUUUGUUUUAAGCCUCGGAAUAAGUUGCGUUGAUUUUGACUAACACUAUUAAUUUUGAAUAUACAAAUGUAAUUUGUAAGAUUUCAUCAUGGGGUUUCUUGUGCUUCUUUCUCUCUUGCCAAUCUUAAUUCUAUUCAUUAUACACAUCUACAAAAUAAGGAGUACUAGUAGAGCAUCAUCAACUCCACCAGGUCCAAAACCACUUCCUCUAAUUGGAAAUCUACACCAGCUUGACCCUUCAUCCCCACAUCACUCCUUAUGGAAACUUUCCAAACACUAUGGACCUAUCAUGUCUUUGCAACUUGGUUACAUACCAACCUUAAUUGUUUCCUCAGCAAAAAUGGCAGAACAAGUGUUGAAAACCCAUGACCUUAAAUUUGCAAGUAGACCAUCUUUCCUAGGACUAAGAAAAUUGUCUUACAAUGGUUUAGAUCUUGCUUUUGCACCUUAUAGUCCUUAUUGGAGAGAGAUGAGAAAACUUUGUGUUCAACAUCUCUUUAGCUCUCAACGUGUCCAUUCUUUUAGGCCCGUUAGAGAAAAUGAAGUGGCCCAAUUGAUUCAAAAGUUGUCGCAAUAUGGUGGUGAUGAAAAAGGUGCGAACUUGAGUGAAAUAUUGAUGUCUCUCACAAAUACAAUUAUAUGUAAGAUAGCUUUUGGAAAAACAUAUGUUUGUGAUUAUGAAGAAGAAGUUGAAUUGGGAAGUGGACAAAAGAGAAGUAGAUUGCAAGUUUUGCUUAAUGAAGCUCAAGCUUUGUUGGCUGAAUUUUACUUUUCAGAUAAUUUUCCAUUGUUGGGUUGGAUUGAUAGAGUCAAAGGAACUCUUGGGAGGCUUGAUAAAACAUUCAAGGAGUUGGAUUUGAUAUACCAAAGAGUUAUUGAUGACCACAUGGAUAAUUCAGCAAGGCCUAAAACUAAGGAACAAGAAGUAGAUGAUAUUAUUGAUAUCUUAUUGCAGAUGAUGAAUGAUCACUCACUCUCUUUUGAUCUCACUCUUGACCACAUCAAAGCUGUGCUUAUGAACAUUUUUAUAGCAGGAACAGACACAAGUUCAGCAAUAGUGGUUUGGGCUAUGACAACAUUGAUGAACAAUCCUAGAGUGAUGAACAAGGUUCAAAUGGAAAUCAGAAACUUAUAUGAAGACAAAUAUUUUAUAAAUGAAGAUGAUAUUGAAAAGCUACCUUAUCUUAAAGCAGUGGUGAAAGAGACAAUGAGAUUAUUUCCACCAUCACCAUUACUAGUACCAAGAGAAACAAUAGAAAAUUGUAACAUAGAUGGUUAUGAGAUUAAACCAAAAACUUUAGUGUAUGUUAAUGCAUGGGCCAUAGGAAGGGAUCCUGAGAAUUGGAAAGACCCUGAAGAGUUUUAUCCUGAAAGGUUCAUUAUGAGUUCAGUGGACUUUAAAGGGAAAAAUUUUGAGCUAAUUCCAUUUGGAAGUGGAAGAAGAAUGUGUCCUGCAAUGAACAUGGGAGUGGUCACUGUUGAGCUUACACUUGCUAAUCUUCUUCACUCUUUUGAUUGGAAGUUGCCUCAUGGUUUUGACAAGGAACAAGUGUUGGAUACAAAAGUGAAACCAGGAAUAACUAUGCAUAAGAAAAUUGAUCUUUGCCUUUUUCCUAGGAAAAGAAAACCAUAGGAUAUAUGUACUAUUGACAAUUAGUUAUGUUAUUUGCAUGCCUCAAAGUUUGUAUUAUUUCUAGAUCAAUUGAUAAUGGUUUCAUUUGUAAUUUGGGAAGUGAUUAAAAGAGACUUGUAAUAUGUUUUCAUCUUAUAAUGUUAACUUGUAUUUGGGGGAGUUAUGUACCCAUUGUGAUUUUA